AUGGCAACUUCGUACUUCAAACUGACGUAUACUAACUACUCACCGGGAAGGUUUCAGCUCCGAUUGCUCCAAGAUGGAUCGCUCGUGCUUAAUGCUGUCUCUUUGCCGGCUUACUUUCCUUACAACCCCUACCAAAUUAUUGGGGUCGCUAAUUCCCCUGAUAAUCGUUCAAGUUUGGUCUUCAAUGAAUCAGGCCAUCUUUAUGUAGAGAGCAGCAAUGGAAGCACUGUGGAUCUCUCACCACAGGACAUACUCCCAAUUGCUGAUUUCUAUCACAGGGCAACCCUUGAUGUUCAUGGAGCAUUUUUUCUGUUUGCUCAUCCAAGGCCUUCUCGUGGUGGUAGUGGAGACUGGUCCACUCAGAAAUCAUUUCCUGAUGAUGUCUGUGACAUUACUGGGGACCUAGGCGGCGGUGCUUGUGGGUAUAACAGCUACUGUGGAGUUGCUAAUGGGAUGCCCAUCUGUAAAUGCCCGCCUGAAUACAUCCCAAAUGACCCAAAAAACAUUCUAAGUGGCUGCAAACCAAAAAUCACCCUUUUAUGUGACGAAGUUGUAAUUUAUAAUUCCGCAUCGCAAUGCUGGAAGAAAAGGCUUCCAGUUUCCAAUGGGAAGGCUCUGUUCAAAGUAAGGCGUCCAACCUCUCCAAAUGCAACUUCUUCAACCACGAAGAAGAAAGAUCAAACAACAGCUAUCCUGGUUGGAUCAUUGGGUGGUUCUGUAUUUAUCAACUUCUUAUUGUUAGCUGCAACUUGUCUCAGUGCAUUCUCUGCGUACCAAAAAAGACCGAAAAGUAAUACGCAAGGUUCAAGCAUUUCGGAGACUAAUCUACGUUCCUUUACAUACAAAGAACUCGAAGAAGCAGCAAAUGGGUUCAAGGAAGAAUUAGGAAGGGGUGCUUUUGGCAUUGUUUACAAAGGUAUCUUCCCAAUAGGCUCUGGAAAUCUGGUUGCAGUCAAGAGGCUAGACAAGGUGGUUCAAGAAGGUGAGAAGGAAUUCAAAACAGAGGUAAUUGUGAUCGGCCAGACACACCAUAAGAAUUUAGUUCGAUUGUUUGGAUUUUGUGAGGAAGGGCCACACAGGAUUUUGGUAUACGAGUUCAUGAGCAAUGGCUGGCAAGCUUUCAGUUUGGACUCUCAAGGCCUCAUUGGGACGAAAGAACCCAGAUUGCAAUUGGGAUCACAAGGGGGCUUGCAUAUUUACACGAAGAAUGCAGCACCGAUUCUUGAGCUCAAUUUAUAA